CAUGGUGUGUAAUGGGAAGCGUCGGGUUUGAGCAUCUGACGUGCGCGCAGUUGCACAGAGUGGACCUCUGGAGUCUACAUUUAUAGUGCUUAGUGCUUUUUGGACACGAGGUUAAGUUAAUAAGUCGUCCGAGGGGAAACAGUAGAAUUUAAUCGCGUCAGUCGUUAAUGGUUAUGGGAUUGCUUUACCGUAACUUCCAAUUUCUAAGAGAGCUGUCUCUACCUGGAGAGAGAAGAGUGAAGACAGAGCGACCGCUUCUCCUCUCGAUAGUUUUCUUUUUCUUCUCUUCACCCGGAUUAUACGGCACAAGACGUUGGAAAUAUACUCGAUAGCGGAAGCAGAGAGUUGGAUGCUGGGCUUCCAGGGCUCUUCUCGCUUUGCGAUGGUGUUUAAAACAAGUUGAACUGAGCCAAAUUUGCAAAGGUCACCCUCAACAAUCUGCCUAUGCUUUGCUUUCACAAUCCUUUGCUUUUAACUGUAAAACUGUAGAGGUUGUUGACUUCAGUGGUUGAGACAUCGGACACCUGGAGAAGAAGGCGAGGGAAGUUUGGAGAGAAUGUCGAGUCGCAGGGUGAAGCAUGAGCUGCCAGUGUACUGAUUUUAGACUGGCGUAUCUGAUGAAUCUAUGGGUGUGUGUUGUACUAAGCCUUCACUGCUGGGUUUUACCCACUGUGGCAGCCUCCCAUGAUGCCGCUGGUCCAUUUGGGUGGCUCCUUUCAGAUAAAGGGCCUUUUCAUCACUCACAGGAAUUUGCAGAAUUUGUGGAGCGUUAUCAACAGGGCUUCACAACCAAAUAUAAGAUUUACAGAGAGUUUGGGCGCUGGAAGGUGAACAGCCUGGCUCUGGAGAGAGAGGACAAUGGCGUGGCUCUACCCCUCGAUCCAGAGUUCAUGCAGACCAUCAGACAGUUGGGCCGCAGACCCACCCUCAGUGCCAUUACCGAGAACAUCAUCAGGAAAUAUGGCACACACUUUCUGCUCUCAGCUACACUCGGAGGUGAGGAGGCGUUGACUAUAUUUGUGGACAAGCGGAGGCUAAGCCGGACGACAGACCUGACUGACUCAAAUGGCACGGCUGUGACUCUGGAGGCCCUGCACCAGCUGGCUGCCUCCUACUUCAUAGACAGAGAGAGCACUCUGCGCAAACUACACCACCUCCAGAUCGCUUCCACUGCCAUCAAGGUGACCGAAACAAGGACAGGCCCUCUUGGAUGCAGUAACUAUGACAACCUCGAUUCUGUCAGUUCUGUUUUGGUUCAGAGUCCUGAAAACAAGAUUCAUCUACAAGGGCUUCAGGCCAUUCUGCCAGAAUACCUAAGGAGCAGAUUUGUGGAGGCAGCUCUCAGUUAUAUUGGCUGCCACUCCGAGGGCGAGUUUGUGUGCCGGGAUAAUGACUGCUGGUGCAAAUGCAGUGUUGAUUAUCCCCAGUGCAACUGUCCCAGUGAAGACCUGAAGGCUAUGCAGGACAGUCUGAAACUCAUCAGAGAGUCAUGGAUGCAAGCCAACCAAGAGUUUGAAGAGUCUGAGGACUUCCAAAAUUUUGUGAGGAGAUUACCAACGUUCUAUGGUCUGAACACAUCUGCUGUGCAGUACUUUUGGAAGAUGGACCCUGGCGUUCAGCAACGCUUUCAGCUGCUGGAGACAAGCACUCAACAGCUGCUCAGCAAAGCACAGCGGAUUGUCGGCAAACUCUUCAAACUCAGCAAAAGGUGUCGGACUCAGCCCAAAAUAUCUGUUCCCAGGGAGAGGCCUCUCAGCUACUGGCUGAGGUAUAUCCUCUCCAUCAUGUACUGCAGUGAGAACAAUCAGAUAGGCUCCUACAUGGAGGAAAUGCGGACCUGUUCCUGUCAUUACGAGCACCCUUCCUGCCAGGGCAUUAUCCCGUGUUCCGUAGGCGACGGUCCUCACUGCGCCUCCUGCUCCUACGAGAACCGCUCUCGCUGUGCCAGCUGCAAUCCCGGCUACAUGCUGAGCCAAGGGUCCUGUAGGAAUACCAUACCGGAUUCUACUGACAACUACAUCGGGUUCGAGACAGACCUUCAGGACAUGGAGCUGCGCUACCUGCUUCAAAGGAUGGACGGGCGGAUCAGUAUUCACGCCACGUUCAUAAGCAAUGACGUCAGACUCAACAACUGGUUCGAUCCCAGCUGGAGGAAGAGGAUGCUGUUGACACUGAAGAGCAACAAGUUUAAAUCUAACCACGUUCACAUGCUCCUAGGGAUCUCGCUGCAGAUAUGCCUUACUAAAAACAGCACCCUGGAACCCGUGCUGUCCGUCUACAUCAAUCCAUUUGGAGGUAGUCAUUCUGAGAGCUGGAUCAUGCCAAUUGACCAGAACAGUUACCCUGACUGGGAAAGGACCAAGUUAGACAUCCCGCUUGACUGUUAUAACUGGACCCUGACUCUGGGUAACAAGUGGAAGACCUUUUUUGAGACGGUACACAUUUACCUGAGGAGCCGUGUCAAAACAGCAUCAGCUCAGGGGAACGGCAGCGUCCAUUUCGAGCCAUUGGAAUACAUGGACUCGUCCCGUAACCUGGGCUACAUGAAAAUUAACAGUAUGCAGGUGUUCGGAUAUAGUAUGCACUUUGAUCCAGAUGCCAUUCAGGACUUGAUCCUGCAGCUGGACUAUCCGUAUACGCAGGGCUCACAGGACUCAGCCUUGCUCCAGCUGCUGGAGAUCCGGGACCGGGUCAACCGUCUCUCUCCACCGGGCCAACAACCUCUGGACCUGUUCGCCUGCUUAUUACGGCACCGUCUCAAACUCUCUACUGCUGAUGUGGUCAGAAUCCAGACUGCUCUUCAGGCCUUCAGCGCCAAGCAGCCCAACUCAAUGGAGUAUGAAACUACCAAACUAUGUAGCUAAUAAGGCACUGCAAGGUAUCAGUAUAUUUGUAGCUAUUUCAGUAACUAUAGUUAAAUGGCCUGAUAUAUUUCAGAAGAAAAAAAAAAAAAAAAAUAUAUAUAUAUAUAUAUAUAUAUAUAUAUAUAUAUAUAUAUAUAUAUAUAUAUAUAUAUAUAUAUAUAUAUAUAUGAUUGAACAACUGCUGGGAUACAGUGUUGAUGGUGAUGCCACAGUUGGUUUGUUUGAAACACUGAUGUAAUGGGCCACUUCAGAAGGACGGCCAAACCUUUUGCCUUUUCGUUUCUUAACUGCAAUGAUGACUUACAAUAACUCAUAGAUUGAUGACCUCAUUUCAGUUUCAUGGCACACUGCAGAAUUUAGCAUCAGCCCCAGUCCUGAUAAACAAUGCGUGCGGUAGGACUUGAUUUUUAAAGUGACUUUUAUUUUCACCUCUUUAUUCUCUGUAAGUAUAACAGAGGCUGUAAACACAUGGUGAGCCAAACCUUGUUAGUGUAAUCAGGGGUUCCUGCUGUGUCUGGGCAGAAUUCUGACUUUAAUUAAAAAAUGAAAAUUUCGCCUUUUCUAUGCUGUCUGUCAACACUGUAACUCUCAAAAAUAUCAGUAUCCUAAUCAACAAUAGAUGGUUUUGUUGAUGCUUACAACUAUUUUUACGGUGUUUGUUGGAAUAUGAAUGUAGGAGGAAAGCUGUUUAAAAAUCACAACGCCAUAAGCAAGGUACUUAUUAUAUAUGCUGUUUCAUGUACAUUUAUUUUUAUAAAAUCUAUUAUUUGUGACAAGUUACAAAGGUAAUGUCCAUAAAAUGUAUAGAACAUGAAUUUGUUAAUAAUCUAAAUAAAAGUCAUUUUUAUGUGGC